CAGACAGUGAGCGACCCUGCGAGCUUCACCUUCCAUUUGAAACGCUUCGUGGGAGCUGCAGGUUGACCGCCAAGCUGCAAGGCAAGGGAUUCUGAUUGACGCACCCCUCGAUCUUUCCUCUGCGUGCCUGACGAUUAAUCUAUCCCUGACGGGGGUAUGCACUGGACCGCUAGAGUACUACUGAGCUCAGUGCUCCCUAACGGGGUGAAGGACUGUUAAUUCCAGCGAUCCGUCCAACACAUUCAUUUUUUUUAUUCUUCUUUAUUCUUGUGCAUUAUAGCAAUACUUUUUACUCGUGGCCGUUGAAUAUUAGAACCGAUCACGAGAAUUUACCAUGUUCAGCGUCUCAGCGAAGCGCCAGAGGGAGGACGACGCAUUCGGUGUUGAUGUCUUCUCAGUGCGUGAGAGGAAGAAACCUAGACCGCUGCCUUUACAGACGUCUUCGGCUGCAGACGAUCACACCCUCGCACGGCUCUUUUCAGCCACUCUCACACCAGAAGAUUCGUCCGAGGACGAGGAGGAUGACGGCUCGACCGGUGCUCUAUGGAGCUCAAGACAGCCUCAGCAGGCGUCGAGACCCCCCGUACUGGUGUUAGAUACGCCUAUGGACCUGGAUAGUGGAAGACCUACAUCUUUACCUCUGGCCAGUGGUGACAACCUGUCUCCGUGGCCCCCCGGGGUACGGGAUCAUGGGGUCGUUCAGCCGUCGCCGAUUCCCCACCACCUGAUCGACCAGUCUCUCAAUCUCAGCGGCGGACACGUUGCCACUCCGAUCUACGGCCACUUCAACGAGGGGACUUUGAACGCGCCGUCCGAUGUGAUGAUGGAUGACGACAGCCCCACGGUGACAAGCUCAAACGUGGAGCAUGGGAAAGAGACGGCCUGGUGGCGUCGCAGACGUCUCCCCAGUCCCAUUAGCGAAGACGAAGGUUCCGGAGACUGUCUUCAGGAAACCCAGUUCUUGCGUGGUCAAACCUGUCCUGCAUCACCUCCGAUGAAAUCGUUCGACGGACUUUUGGAAGAGCAAGACGAGCCAGUCAUGAUGAUGGAAGCUACGCAAGACCUAGAACCGAAUACCACCAAACCGCCCCAGGCACCGCCGGUCAAAAAGGGUAGAAUCUCGAUCUCGAUGGGGUAUCGUGCCGACUGCGAGAAAUGUAGACGCAAGAUCCCGGGUCACUACAGCCAUAUCAUCCGUUCAUAGACUCCUCGUCGUCUGGUUCACCUUCAUUUUUACCUCAUUUGGGUUGCUUGCGAUGGAUGCCGGCGUUAAAAUCGACUUUUAUGAUUCCUUAUGAUUACCUAUGACUCCCUCUUCAUGUGAAAUCCCCAUUGCUCAGAGACGCUUCUUUUUUUCCGUUGAGGUGUUUUUUUUUUCUUUUUUCUUUUCUUUUCUUUUCUUUUUUUUUUCAUUUCUUCACGAAAAGAGAGAGCUGCUCUCUAAAUUAUUAUUGUACUCUAGGAAAC